AUGACGCGUUACAAUUCGUGUUCCGACUUUCAAUACAUCAGCGAGAAUGUUCUUUGCUUUUUGCAAGGUAGUUGUAUUUGUCUACUUAACCUUGUAAACAAUGAGAGGAAAUUUUUGUUCAUUUCGUGCUGUGAGACCGUUGGGGAAGUUCGCUUCGAGUUGGCGGCGGGCCAGGGAAGAAGAGGCGCGAACGUAGCAGUGGGCCUCACCACAGGGGUUGCCAUGAAGGGAGAAACGAACGGAAGAGCGAACGGGGAAAGGAACGGAGAAACCAACGGAGAAACCAACGGAGAACCCAACGAACAAACGAACGGUGGCACAGGCAACGUGGAGGGCAGGCACAGCCCACACCCCGUGAGGAAAAUCUCCUGCAGUGAAAAGGAGCAUGCCAUGGCAGUGGUCAUACAUAGAGCCUCCGGCGAUUUGCUGUGCUACCUCGUAUUCGAUGAGGCGAAUGGGUUAAACUCCUUCGAGGUGCACUUAACACACAGAGUUGGGGAAACCAUAAAAGACGUAACACUGGGGGAUGGCCAGGUGUACCUCCUACUGAAGAGGCGCCUUGGUUCCCCCUUGCAGGAGGGGGCGCUGUCUGGAAGGGAUAACACCGAGGAGUUAAGCGGCGAGUUGGGCAGCAAGCUAUCCUCCUACGAGUUGGGGAGCAAGCUAUCCUCCUACGAGUUGGGGAGCAAGCUAUCCAGCGACGAGGAUUACCUCAUCUGUGCCCUCAAGUUGGCUAGCAACAAAAAAGAAGACCCGGAAGUAAUCGCCACGCACAGGUCUUCAUCGGGAUUUAAAAAAAUGAUGGUGUGUCCCUACGAUGGGAAGAAAAUAAUUUUGGUGUCAAAAAGGAGUGUCUUCUUUGUGGCCACCUCAAAUGAGCAGAUUUCAAAAGUAAAAGUAACCACCAUGGCGAAGGAACUCUUCUUUAACAGUCCCAUUGUAGCAACUUCGUGGCUAGACUUCCACGUCUUCACCGUCUGCCUCUCUAAUAAUGAGAUCCUUUUUUAUGACCUGUCCACCAAUUCUAGGCACCUGCCCCGACUGAGGUGCCACAACAGCUACUCGAGAAUCUGCUCCAUUUUUUACCAGCCCGAGUAUCUCUUCAUCGCGUUCGCAACGAAGGAAAUUGUUUGCUUCCGCGUGAACUACGGCGCGCUUCCCCCGGCCGCCUUUCGCAAGGUAACCCCCGUAGAAGAAAACUACGUGAGUACCAAGUGCUUAUUUCAAAAGAGAAAGGAAAACCGGAAGGAGGAGGAGAACCGGAAGGAGGAAGAGAACCGGAAGGAGGAGGAGAACCGGAAGGAGGAGGAGAACCGGAAGGAGGAGGAGAACCGGAAGGGGGAGGAAAACCGGAAGGCAGAGGAAAAGCCAAACGAACUUCUCAACAACAGGAGGAAGCCUCGCAAGCAGUGUAGAACCACCUUCGAAUCCAUAUUAAACGAAAUUAAAAAGGUGGAAAAUAAAAUAAAUGACAAAGGGUUUGAGUUGUUGGACGAGUCGGAGGGGGAAGGGAGAGUCGACGAUGAGCACGCAUGGGACACCGUGGCCUUCGCUGAGUGCAUCGCUGGUUGUGGCAGCGAGAUGAAUGGCUACCCCAGCUCGAGGGACGAUUAUACCAAUACAUGUUCUUCUAGAGAGGAUAAUCCUACCAACAAGGGAACCACCUCCAAACGAGCACACCGAAAGAAUGACCUCUCCCAGAUGCGGAAGAAACGGAAGGCCAACUUUGCUAAGCUGCACUAUGAUGAGGAUAACCUUGCAAAUAUCUUUAUCCCCAUCUCGGUCGUCAAUUUGGAAAGGUACCUAACACACAGGAUAAGUAAUCUCUGCCUGCAAAAAGGGAAUUUACUCAUUCAGCUUGAAAAUGGACUCUCAUAUUACACCACAACUUUUAAUAGAAAAAAAAUGUGUGCAGCUGAGGAUUCGAGCUUCUACCUUUGUGGACACACUGCUCUACACAAAAUAAAGGACCUUAGAGUGUGCACCAGAAAGCAGCUGUUCACUUUGGAUGAAGCUAGAAUGCUCAAAUGGCACUCUCUUGAAAACAACGAAUUGAAUAUUUUCUGCACUGGUAGGAGAAUUAAAUGGUUUGAUGUUCUUUCCAUGAUGGGGGAAUGCAACUGCUUGUUUGUGUCCCUUACGGAUGGUUCCUUUUUUUUUAUCAACCUAAUGAGUUGCAAGAUUUUGCUCUACGGGAGUGUGAGGCGGCACCUGGGGGGUGCAAUUACUGGAAGACGCGGAUCAGGCGGAUCGAGUGGAUCGAGCGGAUCGAGCGGAUCAAGCGGACCAAGAGGAUCAGGCAGACCAAGCGGGGGCCACCGUGGAAGGCGGUGCAUCGAGUGCGGCGUCUUCAAUAAGGUAAAUGAGCACAUUUUUAAUGGCUACUUCAAGGUGUGCGGGUCGCUUCUCUUCUUCUUUUUGAUUUACUCCGUGUCGCACCAGAAGCUGUUCAUUUACUUCGUGCAUGAGGUGUUGGUAGGGAGGCUGCUCGCGCGGGUGUGCGAUGAGGGGGGAGGAGGUGAAAAGGGGGGGGAUGAAAAGGGAGGAGAUGAAAAUAAAGGAGAUGAAAAGGGAAGAGAUGAAAAUAAAGGAGAUGAAGGCGGCUCUCAAAGCUGCGAGACGGCCCCACUACUGCUGAGCCUCUCAACGCACAAACACUCCGACGUGAACGCCGACUUGGAUCGCAGCUCCCAGCGCGACUGUGACUACGCCUGCCUCUUAACGGCCACCGGGAACCUACGCAACUUCUACCUCCUCUUCGUGCAACUGAUAAAGAAGGAGACCAUAAUCAUGAGAAAAAAAAAUUGGGACACCAACGUGCGAGUCUUCUAUUGGAAGGUGCCUCACAAGAAUGUCGUGUAUGGGAAGGUCAUUGGCAGUUACCUAGUCCUCGUUGAUUUCGAUAUGAAUUUCCAUUUUUUUUACAUGAACAGAGUCACAUUGGGGGAAGCCUCCCCAGGACACUCAAACGAGGUUACAUCUCCACUCUCCAGGAAGAAGAAGUCCUUUCUCAGAAGGUUGAAAAGAGUCAAGGAGAGUAGACGUGAAGGUAUGCAUGACCCAAAUGAUGAAGAAAAUUCCUUCGAAGAAUUUAUUUUGAAGAGACGCAGAAGGAGGAAGGCAUUUCGUCCAAAUGGGGUCAACGAAGAUUCGGAGACCCAAUCAAAUCAACAACCAAAUGGAGAAGAAAAAUAUCGUGGUGCUCAACUAUUUCGGAUAAACUUAGGGGAAGAAGAUCUACACAUUGAUCUGAGUCAUACGGGGAGGGUUCAGUUUAUUAACGAACGGAUGGAACAGAAUGCUGGACAUGUCUGCAGCUUCCACAUCGUUACGGACUCGAACACUGUUGUUACCUUCUCCUUUGACAGUGCUGCAUACCCACUUGGGAUGGUGAAGGGGCCUGAGGUGCAGGUCUCCUCUAUCAGAGGAACGGAAAGGAUUAACUUCUUUCACCCGGUAGACAUGAAAAGUGGGACAUACAAUUUGUUCUUGACCAAGGAGAGGUACUUCUGUUUGGAGGGCGCGCCGUGUUUCCCCGGAAUGGCACCCCGGGGUGAUCAGGUGGGAGGUGGCCACGAACGAGGCGGUCACGAACGAGGCGAUCACGAACGAGGCGGUCACGAACGAGGCGAUCACGAACGAGGCGAUCACGAACGAGGCGGUCACGAACGAGGCGAUCACGAACGAGGCGGUCACGAACGAGGCAGACCACUGCAAGACAAGCAUGUGGGUGGAGAUCAACCCAACCCGCGAGCACUAACCAAUGGGGACCCCUCCCUCGAAGUAAUAUGCCAAAAGGACAUCGACCCAACUAUGCAAGCCACCUUGGCGAAGGUAAGUGAAGGGUCCUCCUCCUACCCAAGUGACGUGAAUUUUUUUUUGAGGCAACCCAGUGUGGUGUUUUUAAAAGUGUACAGCAGCGCCCUGAGGAAGCGCCUGCGCGACAAGGGGGGGAAAACGUUUCAGGAGAGGGUGUCAAUGGAGUGGGGGGUGGCGAAGGGGGGUCACCGAAGUGGUGCAACAAAAGAGGCGCACGCUGGUGAUGAUAAAGUUACGUCUUCCGGGGCAGCCACUUCAGCGAAUGCUGCUGAUUCUAUCGACGCUAUCCCUUUCACUGACGCGCCGCGGCGAACGAAUUUCUUCUUCGACAACGAAACGACCAUCUUCACCUUCCUAAACGAAAACGAAUACCGCCUCUCCCUGGAGGAGUGCCUAAAGAAUUACAAAAACAAGCUCUACCUGAGUACACUCCACGCGAAGAGGAAGGAAGAAAGAGAGCAAAUAGACAAGCUCCGAAAACAGCUGAAGGAACUAAUCACCCAAAACGAAAACAGCAGCAGUAGUAUCAAAUUGGACAGAAAAAACUUUUUUUUCGACAAAAAAAUUAUUAACGAGUCAGAAAUUUUAAUCAAUGAAUUUGAAAAAAUAAAAAAAAUUUGAAUGCUGCGCUUUCUCCAACUUAAAGAAUCGGACUUUUUCCAAAAUGUAGAAAAAAAUAAUGUCCUUUACUUUUUAAAAACAACAAAAGAUUACAUAGAUCGAUACACUGAAGACUUUUCUUGCCUCUUCUUUUCUCACUACUACCCUUGUACAAACAUGAAUUUGAAUUAUUUGUAUGCCAACCUGUUCGGCUCCUCUUUCUCGGCCAGCGGGGUGGACAGUGUGCAGUGGAAUUACCUCCUCUACUUCCCCUGCGAGUUGUUCACGAACGCGCGGAAGCGCCUGCAAUGCUACGUGCUGCAGAUGCUUAUCGACCAGCAAAAGGCCAAAUUCCGGAGCCACUUCCUCGCCCUGAAGGAGGAAAAGCAAAACUACGUUGAAGAAAUCAACGUGGUGUCCAACAAACUGAAGCUCUCCCUGGAAGCUACGGACAAAUAUUUUAGCCAUCCCUACUCGCACAGCAUCGACUCGGGCUUGUACAACAGGGGAGCGUUAAAAGGAGUGAAGAGGGAGGCCCUCCCUGUUUCGAACAAAUUCGACCCUGACGUGCUGCUCAAAAUGCACCUGCAUAAGCUCAAGGUGGAGAGUCAAACGGGGGAUGCCUUUGAGGAACAUGAAAAAGGGGACCUAACUGUGAAAGCGCAAAAGAAGGGGGAGCAUUUCGGGAUUGGAGCGGGGAUUGGAGCUGGGAUUGGAGCGGGGAUUGGAGCCGGGAUGGGAGCCGGAGAACCAGAGGCAGGCAAGGAACCCCCCAAAGACAAAGCUCCUUGCGAUGACGAAGCAGACCCAGAAAGUCUUGAGAUCCACGAGAAGAAGAAAAAUGAUGUAAGAAAUGCGCUGUCCGAUGUGAAGAGUUACAUCUAUCAGAUCUCCGACCAGUGCGAGGAGUUUAAUGAGAAGUUAAAACAGUUGAGGAAGAAGAAGUACAACAUACAAAAGCUGAUCAAGCUGCACGAGCUGUACUGUAUUGCCAUUUACGCCACGUUAAUAAAUGAAGAAAGGAAGGAAGAAGCUCUACGCCAAAUAGAAAAGAAGAGGGCUGCAGUCGAGGGGGACUUAUCGAAGCUUGAGGAUUCGAUGAGACAGUUAGAUGCACUACAGAAACAUAAAAGGAAUUUGGCCCUAAGCGAACAGCUCACGAGGAAGAAGCAGAAGUUCGAGAAGAGGUUCCUCCACGAGUGCAUCAACUUCGACGUCCUCAUCGAGCAGAAAUAUGAAAACGUCAUCGGAUUCGACUUCGACUCUAGGAAGAAUUUAUUCAUAAAAAAAAAAAUAAUCCAAAAGCACAUUGCAGACACGAAUCAAAUUAUCCAUGAGAACUUCGAGCUGAGAAGGAGCAUCCGGAAACUAAAGCACGAAAUUUGCAGAAACAAAAUAAAAAAAGACUACCUGCACUUCUCACUCAUGGACAUAGAAGAAGGGGUCGAUGACGUCAAGUAUCUUAAACAGAACUGCGAGUUUCUCUUUAGUGAUAUAAAUAACGUGAUCAGCUCACUGGAGGCGAAGAAAAAAAACAGGAAACUCAUUUUUCAAAUGUCGGAACAGAAGCUGCGCGAGCAAAUUAGCAACGUGGACGCGAAGAUUUCGGCGAUCAAAUCUGAGAACGUCGUGUUGGAGGCCAACAUGCAGAGCCUGCUAAAGGAGAUUAACCAAAUGGGCAAAGCAGCGCAGGGCGACCAGGCGGGAGACGCGGGCCAUAUACUCGAGACGAAGGGAAACUUGAGAGACGACGAUUCUGCGCGCGAGAGGAUGUCCUUCAAAUGCUCUGAUGCAGAUGUAGAGGGAGAGGUCGGCGAAAAAAAUGAACCCAGGGGCGCCCCAGAUGUAGACGGAGAGAUCGGAGAAGAAAAUGAACCCAACG